UCCUUCGCACGGACGUAAACAAACCUUGCCAGGCUACCCUCUCGGCGCUGCCAGCAGAUUGCUCACCCAUCUUCUUCCCUCUCUUCACCUCCCGCGGGGCGCUGCACCUUCAGCCUUGCUGUUGGCUCCUUUCCGUGCUUCCUUGCUGGUUAGGUCUGUGAUAGCACGGAAAUGUCCCGAGAGCUACAUGACGUGGACCUCGCCGAGGUGAAGCCUCUGGUGGAAAAGGGGGAGAGCAUCACUGGUCUCCUGCAAGAGUUCGAUGUUCAGGAGCAGGACAUUGAGACCCUACAUGGCUCCCUGCAUGUCACUCUGUGUGGAACCCCCAAGGGCAACCGUCCUGUCAUCCUCACGUAUCACGACAUCGGCAUGAACCACAAGACCUGCUACAACCCUCUCUUCAACUCUGAGGAUAUGCAAGAGAUCACACAACAUUUUGCGGUCUGCCAUGUGGAUGCCCCUGGCCAACAGGAUGGUGCCCCUUCCUUCCCAGUGGGGUACAUGUAUCCCUCAAUGGAUCAGUUGGCUGAAAUGCUUCCUGGAGUCCUUCACAAGUUUGGGCUUAAGAGUGUCAUUGGCAUGGGGACAGGAGCUGGUGCCUACAUCCUGACCCGCUUCGCACUCAACAACCCUGAGAUGGUGGAGGGCCUUGUGCUCAUGAAUGUGAAUCCCUGUGCUGAAGGCUGGAUGGACUGGGCUGCCUCCAAGAUCUCAGGAUGGACCCAGGCCCUGCCAGACAUGGUGGUGUCCCACCUCUUCGGCAAGGAGGAGAUACACAACAAUGUGGAGGUAGUGCACACAUACCGCCAGCACAUCCUCAACGACAUGAACCCGAGCAACCUACACCUGUUCAUCAGCGCCUACAACAGCCGGAGAGACCUGGAGAUUGAGCGGCCAAUGCCCGGAACCCACACUGUCACCCUGCAGUGCCCUGCUCUGCUUGUGGUUGGAGACAACUCUCCUGCCGUGGAUGCUGUGGUGGAAUGCAAUUCCAAAUUGGACCCGACGAAGACCACCCUGCUCAAGAUGGCAGACUGUGGAGGCCUUCCUCAGAUCUCUCAGCCUGCCAAGCUUGCAGAGGCCUUCAAGUACUUUGUGCAGGGCAUGGGAUACAUGCCUUCUGCCAGCAUGACUCGCCUGAUGCGGUCUCGCACAGCCUCCGGCUCCAGUGUCACAUCCCUGGAGGGCACCCGUAGCCGCUCCCACACCAGCGAGGGGCCCCGAAGUCGCUCCCACACAAGUGAGGGGUCCCGUAGCCGCUCCCACACCAGUGAGGAUGCCCGUCUCAACAUCACCCCCAGCUCGGGUGCCACAGGGAACAAUGCCGGGCCCAAGUCCAUGGAGGUGUCCUGCUAAGCAGUCUGCAUCAGUCAUCCUGGACUGGUGGUCUCUCCCUUAGCCCCCAACCCUUGCCUGCCACCCUACGCUAAUGCGGUAUUAAUCUAAAGCUGCUUUUGUAAGAAUGAACUCUGGCGGUGGCAGACCCAGGCUGUUCAAGCUGCCUCCUGGGACCAGGGUGGGUGGUGGUGGACCAAAGGCAAGAGGCAAGAGGCAGUUUAGUGUUCCGAUCUGCUAACAAGUGGCCUGGUGGACCCUCUCUCUACCCUCAGACACCAAACUGCCAAAACUAAGAAAUAUAUAGCUGUAACACUGCCUGGCUCCAAGCCCAGGCUGAUCCAGCAUUCUGGUCCACAGGCAUUUUGCCAGCCUGCCUACUUCCUGUUUCCUCCCCACUAAACUCAUUCCUGGAAACAAACGUAGUUCUGUUUUGAAAGGAAAGAGAGGAAGGAAAGUUGGGCACCUUAUUCAAAGCAGAGAAAACAAGAAAGAGAAAGAGGUGCGAUCUAGGGCAGGUAGAGGAAAAACAAGUCUACUAGGCUCACUUGAAGGAAUUGAUUUUAGAGUUCUGAAUGCUGAAACUCGCAACCUGUUUUUCUGGCAACCUUUUAACAUGCAGGGGAAACUGGUCACAAACUCCUGGCUUUAUAGAGAAAGUGAUUCCGCAAAUACUUCAGUGGUUUAAGGCUCUUGCUAUGUAGUCUAUGUACCCCAUCAUGCCCGGCUUCCAUUCCACAGUGAAUGAGUGGAUGAUACCUUUGUCCUUGGGGAAGAUGGUUUUGAUUUGUAGUUGCAUUCUUUGAGGUGGAGGGAGAACCCAGCAGGUGACAGUGGUCCUUGUCUGGGAUGAGUCUCUAGGCAUGGGAAGGAUGGGGAUAGAAUGAGCAUGGGAUUUGACGACUAAUGUUAGGACAAAGUGAUAGAACCUGGUGGGUGUGGAUUUCCAUGAACACCAGCCUGUGAUCUGGAAUCUUGUGAGAAUGAGUCACACCUUGUCUCCCAUUAUUGAUAUGUAGCCUUGACUUUAAACUUGAUAACUGAAUGUCUCUCAACUGGCCCCUUGCUGGUUCUUCAGAGAGAACCAUGUGUACUGCUGGGGGAAUGACUGGUUUUUGGAUUCUGUACAUUCCGUGGGAACUUGCUUCCCUUUCCUGCCCCUCCUGCUGACUGGGUUUGCAGCAUUGGCCUCUCUAAGCAAUGCCAGCCUAAUGCCCAUGCCCCAUACUACUGCCUUUUGAUUCUUACUGUGGCUAACCUUGGAAUUUUCCUAUAGGAAAUGUGAUCAGAUCAGAGACACUUGACUGUUGGGAGUCAGCCCUCAAGGCCUGGUGAGUUCCAGGAUCUUGGAGUUGCUAGAGGAAUGUAGUCACACCAUGUAGGUGGCAUGAGAGACAAGGAGUCAGUUUACCUGCCAACUCCUACUAUGGAGCCUUCCACUGACCUUGUGUAGAAAGAUCAGGGAUCCAGGCCAGAGUGACUGAAUGCUGACAAGAAAUCAUUGUAUUAUGUCUUUCCAGGACAGUUUCUUAAUGAGAUGUUUGUAUUUAUUUCCAGACCAAUAAAUUUGUAACUUUGCAGUG